UUUGUGCAUGUUUCUGUGCACUCGCCCACUCUUUCCCCCCCUCAAAGGAAAACAAGGAAGAGCGGUUUCCUCACCGGCAGCUCCCCGGCUCUUGUAACACAGCAAUCCCUGGAAGCAGUGGCCCGCCUCAUCCAUGCAUUGGAGUCCCGGGCCCCAGCGCACCGGCUCCAGCCAUGUCGGCCCGGAAUGCAGCGGCUGGCGGCGGUGACAGAGCGGGAGGCGAACCGGCAGAGGAUGUGCUGGUGGAGGAAAAUCAAAGCAGUUCUGUGUCUCAGUCCAGCCUGAUGACCCCCUCCUCGGCUUCUGGUAUGUCCCUAAGUAUGGAAAUGCCCCGGAAGCGCAAGGGCAGCAUGGACAACCAGGAUUCAAAAUCUGUUUUAAUGGUCGACGUCGAUGCAGAUGAUGACCAAAAUGGGUCAGAUGACGAGGAUCAACAUGUCAAAAUUAAAUGCCUCAGGGAACCACAUAGCCAAAUUGAGAAGAGGAGACGGGACAAAAUGAAUAAGCUCAUUGAGAAGCUGUCGGCCAUGAUCCCGACCUGUAACCCCAUGUCCCGCAAGCUGGACAAACUCACGGUGCUCAGAAUGGCCGUGCAGCACCUGAAGUCUCUCAAAGGUUCAGCGAGUUCGUUCUCGGAAGCCAGCUACAAACCCUCAUUCCUUCCCGAUGAGGAGCUCAAGCACCUUGUCCUCAAGGCUGCAGAUGGUUUCCUCUUUGUGGUGGGCUGUGAUCGUGGGAAAAUAGUUUUUGUCUCGGAGUCCGUCACAAAGAUUUUAAAUUAUAGUCGGACGGAGCUGAUCGGACAGAGCCUGUUUGAUUACAUACACCCCAAGGACAUGGGAAAAGUGAAGGAGCAGCUGUCGGCUUCUGAACUGUACCCUCGUGAACGGCUAAUAGAUGCUAAAACCGGUCUGCAGGUCCAGGCUGACCUCCCAGUCGGCGCUGCGCGGCUGUGUUCAGGUGCACGGCGUUCGUUCUUCUGCCGGAUGAAAUACAAUAAGAUUGCCGUCAAGGUGGAAGAGAAGGAUUCGCAGGCCAACACAUCCAAAAAGAAAGAGUCACAGAAGUACUGCACAGUCCACUGUACGGGCUACAUGCGCAGCUGGCCGACCAGUCAGCUGGGAGCGGAGGGGGAGGGGGAGUCGGACAAGCAGGACAGCUCCCACUUCAGCUGCCUGGUGGCAGUGGGACGAGUCCACCCCCACACGCCUCCCCAGGUCAACGGAGAGGUCCGAGUCAAACCCACAGAGUUCAUCACGCGCUACGCCAUGGAUGGCAAAUUCACCUUUGUUGAUCAAAGAGCGACCACCAUUCUUGGUUAUCUUCCCCAAGAAUUACUAGGAACUUCAUGCUAUGAAUACUUCCAUCAAGAUGACUUACCACAUUUAGCCGAUCGACAUCGAAAAGUGCUGCGAAGUAAAGAGAAAAUAGAGACAAACUGCUACAAGUUCAAAACAAAAUAUGGCUCUUUUGUUACUCUGCAAAGUCAGUGGUUUAGUUUUGUAAAUCCCUGGACCAAAGAAGUAGAAUAUAUAGUGUCUACUAACACAGUCAUAUCGCAUGACCACAGUCGAACAGGUCGAUCAGGAAACAAGUCUGAGCAGUCGAGCAAUUCCAAGGCUUCUGAAGAGUGUAAGAAGUCCCUUCCAGCGAUACCAGGCAUCUCCACCACUCCCGGGACCAUGAUCUACGCCGGGAGUAUAGGGACCCACAUUGCAAACGAGCUGCUGGAUUUCAACAGAAUGAACUCUUCGCCCUCCAGUGGAAACGUCAGCCCGUUCAGCGUGCUGCAGGACAAGUCUCCACAAACUCACAAUCAGAUCAGCAACAAUGUGCCAAAUGGAGAAACGUCGGAUAUGGAGAUUCCAGGAAAGUCCAGCUCAGAGGACGAGCCCCAAGGAGCUGCUUUCUCGGGAGGAGAAACUCUUAUGGGGGAGAAUUCCCAGCUGGAUUUGGACAGCAUGGUUGGACCGGGCCUUAGUAGUCUCAGCAACGAUGAAGCAGCAAUGGCCGUGAUCAUGAGCCUCCUGGAGACUGACACAAACCUGGAAGACGCUGUGGACUUUGAAGAGAUGCACUGGUCCUUAUAGAACCUGCAGUAACGCGUUAAACGUAGUACGCUGAAGAACACUCGGAUUGUCACUUUGAUGGCGAGAACUGCUCAAUGUUUACUCCACGAAGGAGCAGAAAA